UUCCUCUCUCCCAGCACUCUGGAGGCAUAACUGAAAUGGCAAACAGAACUAACUCUACUAACUCUAACUCUUACUAUGGCUACGAAUACUAUAUGGACUAUCUGGAUCUUCCUCAAGUAGAUGAAAGAAAGUUGAAGGCUAACAAAUAUUCAAUCGUCAUUGCUUUUUGGGUCAGCCUUGCAGCUUUCGUGGUGCUUCUCUUCCUGAUUUUGCUCUACAUGUCCUGGUCUGGCUCAGUUCCGAUAAGAGGUGACCGUUCACACCGUAAGUGCACAUGGAAUCACAUCUUCAACAUGCUCUUCUUUGUCCAAAAGCCCAGAAGCUUUCGAAUCAGCCCCACAAGCACCUCACAGCCUCAGGGCCAAAUCAAAGAACUUGAAGAUGGAAGUGAGCAGCCACAGGCAAUGGUGCUACAUGCUUGCUUCUACCAACAUGAAGCUGCCUGGAUUGAACUGGUUUCCUAACUUUGGUUCUCUUUGGCUGAGUGCUGGAUUUCAGGACACAUAUGCAUGAUUCGUUGCUUUGUUUUGCUGUGUUUUUAUUCUGUGGUUUUUAAGGAUGGAUUAUUAGUUACUCCAAGGAAAUUUUGAAAAGUUGUAACUCUUAAAAAAGUCAACGACUAUUGAGAUUGAGAGAUAUUUCAAUUGCUGCUGACAUGGGGAAGUCGAGAGUUCCAAGGAUCAUUCAAACCAACAAUGCUAAAAAGGAUUAGUUGUACCAAAAGUACUGUACAAAACAAAAAACAAACAUCAAGAGCUAGCAAACUAAUGCUACAAAAAACUCCAGUUCUCAGAAAACAAGCAAAGAUCUUCAGAGGGAACUGGCAGCUGGAAGGCUGGUUAGUGAUUCCUGGCACCAGGCUUCCUGAGGUUGGAAGAUAAAGGAGAAAAAAAUUUGCUGUUCCUUAAAAACGUACACUUACACACAAUGUGAUAAAGGUGUGGCUUCAUAAUGAAUUAAAAAAUAUAUAUAAAAACGUGUAAACUCAAUGCAAGUUGUAUAAAACAAGUGACUGCUGCCAAGAAAGCAUCAUAUUUCAUAUGAAAAGUUUUUCAAAUAUUUAAGUGUAAAUUGAUUGUAGAAGUCAAUAAAUUUAAUUGUUUUA